CGGGGAGUGAAGAGGAAGGAGGCUCCGGGAGUACGAGACAAAAAAGGGUCAGGCCUGGGACGGGAAAAUCUGGAGAGCAGAGAGAAGAGGGAUCAUCUCUCAUUUUCUUUUUUUUUUCAUUCCUUUUGAGUUAAGUUUUUCACCUGAAACUUUCCCUCAUCUACAUCGCCAUCUACAUCAUCUGACAUUACCCAUCAGACCGUAAGACUCGACGAUGCCGUCCAACACUGUCACCAACACCGCUUCAUUCAAAGGCUCAGACUACGCUGACUCACCUGGAAACAGAAUGGGUGAGAGCACAAUACUGGACAUGGACCUGAUGACAGAGGAGAAGUCGGCGAAAAGUAGCGCCUCUUGUAAAGUUGGCAAGCCGGGACGAAAGCUCAAGCAGUUUCCAGUCGAGAGCUGUGGCUCUUUCAAAGAUGGUGUGGGUGUGGGCAACAACAGCUACACUGGGGUGGGAAGGCCGUCCAUGGCACAGGUCCACAAUGGAGACAUGGGCGGGCACAGAGACAGGACGUCUGACGCCUGCUUCCCCAAACAGGAGAAGAAGGAAGUGGAGAACGGGAUCCCGAGAGACCCUUCCUCUUGCCGGGCAGAGGACAGCUCCCAGGGUCAGAGCCUGAGCCCUUCCCAGGAGAACGGAUUCCUGCCAAGCCAGGACGAGCAGGACUCAGAGAAACACAAGGACGACAGCCGGACGACACCGCGUAAGAAACGAGGGAGGCGGAAACUGGAGCGCCCAACCAAAUAUGUGGAGCACAAGGAGGAGGACGGCGGUGAUGCAGUCAAGACCGAGGCAGGUCGAGGGAGGCUGCGAAGGGGAGUUGGUUGGGAGAUCGGCCUUCGUCAGAGGCCCAUGCCCAGAGUAACCUUCCAGGCUGGUGACCCUUAUUACAUUAACAAGCGGACCAGAGAGGAGUGGCUGGCCAAGUGGAAGAUGGAGGCAGAUAAAAAGGCCAAACUGAUGUCAGCGAUGAAUACGAUGAAGGAUCACAAAGAGAGGGAAAUAGAGACCCAGAGAGAAGAGGUCUCAAUAAUCAAGCACCCGCCGCCUUCAAAACAGCAGCAGCCUCAGCCGCAGUCGCACACUCAGUCUCAGUUACAGCCUCAGUAUCAACAGCAAUCACAGCCGUCGCUGCCACAGCAACAACAACAACAACAACAUCAGCAGCCGCAGCAGCAGCAGCCUACUGACCCCGCCUCCCCCACGGUGGCCACGACCCCUGAGCCCGUCGCCAUCGGAGGUGGAGACAAGGCAUCCCCCAAGUCUGCAGACACUGAGCCAGAGUAUGAGGACGGUCGUGGUUUUGGCAUCGGCGAGCUUGUUUGGGGAAAGCUGAGAGGGUUCUCGUGGUGGCCAGGCCGCAUCGUAUCCUGGUGGAUGACGGGACGGAGCAGAGCUGCUGAGGGAACCAGAUGGGUCAUGUGGUUUGGAGAUGGAAAAUUCUCAGUGGUCUGUGUAGAGAAACUUUUGCCUUUAAGUUCCUUCAACAAUGCCUUUCACCAACCAACUUACAACAAGCAACCCAUGUACAAGAAAGCCAUCUAUGAAGUGCUGCAGGCGGCUAGUAGCAGGGCAGGCAAAGCCUUCAUAGCUUGCCCUGACAAUGAUGAAACAGAAACCUCCAAAUCAGUGGAAAUGCUGAACAAGCAGAUGAUUGACUGGGCUAUGAAUGGAUUUCAGCCCACUGGACCUAAAGGCCUGGAGCCACCCGAAGACGAGCGUAACCCAUACAAAGAGGUUUACCCUGAGAUGUGUUUGGAGCCAGAAGCAGCAGCCUAUACGCCUCCUCCGGCCAAAAAGCCUCGCAAAAGCACAGCAGAGAAACCUAAGGUCAAGGACAUCAUUGAUGAAAGGACACGAGAGCGGCUUGUUCAUGAAGUGAGACAAAAGAGCCGCAGCAUAGAGGACAUCUGCAUCUCCUGUGGAAGUCUGAAUGUUAACCGUGAACACCCGCUGUUUGGUGGAGGAAUGUGCCAGAGCUGUAAGAACUGCUUCCUAGAAUGUGCAUAUCAGUACGACGAUGAUGGUUAUCAGUCGUACUGCACUAUCUGCUGCGGAGGGCGAGAGGUACUCAUGUGCGGAAACAACAACUGCUGUCGGUGUUUCUGUGUGGAGUGUGUUGACCUCCUCGUUGGUCACGGAGCGGCCCACGCAGCCAUCAAAGAAGACCCGUGGAACUGCUACAUGUGCAGUCAGAAGGGUGUGUUUGGCCUGCUCGAGCGUCGCACUGACUGGCCCUGCCGUCUCCAGCAUUUCUUUGCUAAUAAUCAUGAUCAAGAUUUUGAUCCACCAAAGCUUUACCCCCCAGUCAUGGUGGAGAAGAGGAAGCCCAUUCGUGUGCUGUCGCUAUUUGAUGGCAUCGCAACAGGCCUGCUGGUGCUGAAAGAACUUGGCAUCCAUGUGGAUCGCUAUAUAGCUUCAGAGGUGUGCGAAGACUCCAUCACUGUGGGUAUCGUCCGGCAUCAGGGUCGCAUUAUGUAUGUCGGCGAUGUCAGAAACGUCACACGCAAACAUAUACAUGAGUGGGGUCCAUUUGACCUAGUUAUUGGUGGAAGCCCAUGCAAUGACCUCUCUAUAGUCAACCCGGCAAGGAAAGGUCUGUUUGAGGGAACAGGCCGCUUGUUCUUUGAGUUCUACAGGCUGCUUCACGAGGCUCGGCCGAAGGCGGGGGAAGAGCGGCCCUUCUUCUGGCUCUUUGAAAAUGUGGUCGCCAUGGGUGUCAGCGAUAAGAGGGACAUAUCUCGCUUUUUAGAGUGCAACCCAGUGAUGAUUGAUGCCAAAGAGGUGUCUGCUGCCCACCGUGCUCGCUACUUCUGGGGUAACCUUCCUGGCAUGAACAGGUUGGUGUAUGAAUGGCCUUUGUCCGCCAUGUACACUGACAGGCUGGACCUCCAGGACUGUUUAGAACACGGAAGAACUGCGAAGUUUGAGAAGGUGAGGACCAUCACCACCAGGUCUAAUUCCAUCAAACAGGGCAAGGACCAGCACUUCCCUGUCUUCAUGAACGAGAAGGAAGACAUACUCUGGUGCACUGAGAUGGAGAGGUAUGUGAACAUGAAAAUUUUCCCUCAAACGACCUUUGUUUACUCCUGUAUCUUUCCCUAUUUGGCUACACGUCUGUCUGCCCUCCUCUCUAUUGUGUUUGUUCUGUGUCCGAUGGUGUGGCUGUUUUCCCCCCGCCAGGAUCUUUGGCUUCCCAGUCCACUAUACCGACGUGUCCAACAUGAGCCGACUGGCAAGGCAGAGGCUCCUCGGCAGAUCAUGGAGCGUCCCGGUGAUCCGCCACCUGUUUGCACCACUCAAAGAAUACUUUGCCUGUGUUUGAGCAGCCAGAGCACCCGCUCUGAACCAUUUAGGAACUACAACUGUAUGUUGUUACUAGAAAUAAGAGCCUUGAUCCUCAAAUUAUACUCCUGUAUAAUUUGCAAGCGAAAACAUUGACGUAGAUUUCACAUUAUUUCUUGUAUUUGAAUUGUAAUUCUUAUUCUAUUUAAUUUUGAUAUGUCAUUUUACCUUUUAGCAGUGUUAUCAAGUAUUGUUGAUUUGUUUGUGCAAGCUAUACUUGAGACUAUGCUUUCUUCUCAAGACACUGAGACAGAAAAGUGCUAAACAUGUAUUUUAAAAGAGACGGUCAUGCGAUGGGAAACAUCAGACAGAUAGGAAAUGGUUUUGGGAUAUGUGAAAUGUUUCUGCUGUGUGAGCGCACUGUACGUCGGGGGCUGCGAGAUUCCCACCUGCAGUGCAGCCAUGCUUCCAGCUACUGAGCCUCACAGAGAUGUGAAGAGAAAGCAGAUUUUCUUCAGUGUCAGGAGAGCUGUGUCUCUGAGAAUCCAAAACACCAGAUCACAUAUACCUCUUCGUUUACAGUUUCUAUACACAACUGAAGGUAAUAAAGGUACUACUGUAAUAUGGUUACAAUACCAUGGUGCUCCACAAUGAUGAGAAACAUCAUAGCCCAUGUGGCAAUACAACUUUAGACAAUACGGAGCUAUUUAACCUGUUGCUGGAAAAACUUGUGUUUGAUGUUUUUACACUUAAUGAAAAAAAAAAUCUGUUCUGUGCCGUUUUGUUCACUUCAGAGGAAACGUAGAAGUGACAGACAGUAGACUGCAAAAUGGAGCAAAUCCUCUUUUCUGCAUUUUACAGCUUUUAUACAGUUUUUACUGGUGCUCAUUUAAUCUCUCAGCCUUGCUACACUCAGGCUCACUGCCUGGAUCUGCACAAACAGAAAGUGAAGCUAGCCACAUGGGAAAUGAUGUUUUCUGUCAUUUGAAAAAGAAAAAAAAAACUUAAGAUCAAAGUCUGUGGUGAGCUACUUUUUUCUAGUUUCAUCCUGACCAAUGACAUUACUGUACAACUGUUAGUAAGCGUGGUCGCUGGAGGUAGGGUGGCCAGGCCGGGUAACUCUCCUCCUCAACUACCACCUCUCUAAACUGAAAAACUGUCAGGUGCAAAUACUCAACAAUAUGGUGCGGCUUCACAAAGUUCUUCUACCUUUUUAUAGCAAUUUUGUGCUGUUUUAUCAACAUUAUAAAGCACUUUUAUAUGUAUACUUUCUUUUUUUUCUUGAUAUUUUUAAAAAAAAAUAUUGGUUCUUGUGAAUUGUUUUUGUUUCGUUUUAUGAUGUGAACUGAUCUACCCUCGUGUAAUACUUUUUGUAUACAGUAGGGCUGUGCCAAUAGAAGUGAAAGAAUGGAUUUUGAUAUGUGAAACCCAUGUUAUUUGACUCAUUGUACAGUAGAUGGAUUGACAUUUGCAACCCCGAACCCUUUUCCCUUCUUCCAUCAUCCAUCAUCCAUAUUGUUCUCUGUUUUAAAGCAGCGAUACAGUAUGUUACUACCCAGAUUCAAAGAGCGUCUAUUUCUAUUGAGAUUGUAAAACGUAAAACAGAGUUAAAGAACUAUGUCUCAUGCUUUGUAUAAUAUUUUGUCCCUUGUGAAGGACAGUUGGCCCUCGGCCAUUUCCCUGAUGAAUUGUAGUCGUCAUGUUGACUAAUUUAAGUGCUGAUCCAAAUUUGGAUUACAUUCACAAACUAAAUUCUCUUGAUUGUAACCUCUAAGCUAAACAUGGAGGAUUUAGGCUUCAGUUUGUCAAAACGAAAAACUGACACAGUGGCUGACGAGAUGUCACCACUCAAAGAGUAAAGAGGGUAAUAAAAACAGAUGCUAUCGCUUAUCUAUAUCAUAUUUAAGAUUCAAAAUUUGAAAUUUAAUUUCUUAAUGUAAUUAAGUUCUUAAGUGACCUUAUUGCCAUCAUUUUUGUCCAUGCACACAGGGCUCAAUAUGAGUCCUUGUGCUUUGUGAUAUUUUGACCAGAUGUUAUUUACCCCCUCCUCCUAUGAUAAUUACAUCCCCUCAUGUUUGUACAUUUUGUACAUAGAGUUUUCCGGUUGCUGUUUCAAUUUGUUUUUAUCUUUUUUUUUUCUUUUUCUUUUUUUUACGUUUACGUAUGAGAUGUACAAAUAUAAUUCUUUGCUAAUAUAUAUCAUCAAAUUAGAAAAAAAAAUCUUAGGUUAAAAAUAAAAAUCAAGUGACAAAUUUGAUUCAAAACUUGCUUUGAGCAUUAGCUGUAGGGAGACUCCAAGUCUACUUUUUUUCGUACUGAUUUGUUUGUGUCAAGUGAAUCCAGAUUUAAUGUCAUGUGAUCUUAAUAGUGGCCUACGGACAGCUUUAAGAUGAACGGUCUCAACUUCACUGCACAGCCCUACAUGGUGGUGUUUUUUGCUUCUGUUUUCUUUUGUAAGACUUUAAAAGAGGGAUUGUAGGUGUUUUCCGAUGGUGCUAAACAUUUUAUCUAAUCAAGAAAAAUAUAUUUGAUUGGAAGAGAAAUAAACAUGUCUCGACAAUGACUGUUUUUAAGUUCCUUGUAGUAAUGGAAAAGAACUAUUAUUUCACUCAUAUAAAUAUAUUAACAAAGGCAUUUUAACUUUGUACUUGAAAAAAUAAGGAUAACAAAUAAUGAAAGGUUUCCUAUAUUGUUUUAGACUAGAGAUUGCUGUAGUUGGUGCUUAUCUGUGGGAAAAUCGUGUGAGAAAAAAAAAAACGGUAAUAACUUUUACUGUAGCAUUAUGUAUGCUUAAUACGCAUUACUUCUUAAUCCUACAUUCCAUGCAUUAAUAUUCUCCAUGUCUGUUUUCAGAAUGUUAAAUUGAUGCUUAUUUGUUUUUUUUGUUUUUUAUCAGCAACAACAUUUCAUUUCACUGUUCAAGGCAGGUCAAUAAUCUAUAUUCGGUGAUACUGUUGACACUCUGUGUCUGUCAUAACUGUUUAUGGCUAUAUGCUUUUUUUCCUCAAGACCAGUUCGUACAGCAAAUGUAGCAGUCAUUCUCCACUUUGAACCCCCACCCCACCCUUCCUGCCCCUCCCCACCCUCCCCCAUACUUAUGUUUAGUGUCCAGAGAGAAGAUAAAGGCUCCGUAUGUACUUGUGCUGGAGAACACUUGAAUAAAUGUAUUGUUUUUGUGCAAAACUCUGCCACCUCCUGUUCUUUUUUUCAUUUAUAGUUAAUAAAAAUCAACCUAA